CAGAGCUUGAGACGACGGAGGAUAUGGGAGAGGCUGAUCUGUGGUGACGGACGCCCACUACCCGAGGAGGAGCUCAUCUUGACACACAUUGAGAGUAUCCCAAUACCUGUGUACAAGUACAGGACAAUAUCCUUUGUUAGGUGGCAAUGGAGGCUGUGAAGAUACUUCGUGCAGUGGCUGUGCUGGGACUAGCGCUGGCUAGCUAUAGACUGGUCAGAAGAUGGUGGAUGAGGAGAUUGAUGGGACAGAGAGUGGCCGGUAAAGUGGUCCUCAUCACAGGGGCCAGCUCUGGCCUGGGGGAAGCAUUGGCAAGAGCUUACCAUGCAGCAGGGGCAAAGGUCAUCCUGGCCGCUAGAAACACACACGAACUGGAGAGGGUGAAAGGUCAACUCGACAGUGUACAAGGACGCCCAAAUGCUCUCAUCCUCCCUCUUGACCUGAGUGAUGGACCCUCACUGGCAGACAAGGCUUGUGCUGCUGUGGACAUGUAUGGACGAGUGGAUGUGUUGAUCAACAAUGCUGGUGUGAGUUCCAGAGGGGCGGGGCUGGAGACAAGCCUGGACACUGAUCGGCGUGUUAUGGAGGUCAACUACUUUGGUACUAUUGCCUUCACUAAAGGUGUGGUUGGUGCUAUGGUCUCGGCUGGUGGGGGGCAAGUGGUUGUUAUUAGUAGUCUACAAGGAAAGGUGGGAGUGCCACUCAGAACAUCAUAUGCUGCUUCCAAACAUGCAUUACAAGGAUACUUUGACAGUCUUCGUGGAGAGCUGGCAGAGAGUGGAGUGUCUGUUACCGUGGUUUCCCCUGGUUAUAUACAGACACAACUAUCUCAGAACGCCCUCACAGGGGACGGCAGUCAACAUGGUGUCAUGGACAAGAAUACAGCCAAUGGGAUGACAGCCGAGGCAGUUGCCAAGGAGAUAGUGGAGGGUGUGGCUAGACACUGUAGAGACAUUAUAUUAGCCCCGCCCACUCACAAACUAGCGGUGUACCUCAGUGUACUGGCACCAUCACUACUCGACUAUGUACUCAGACUUAGGCAACGAUUUCAAUAAGUUCAUGAAUGUCAAUUAAGUGUUUUAUCUUUUGAUUUGAUUUUUUAUAGUUUGAUUGAAAACCAUUUAGAUACAUCAAGCAAUUUGAAGUUAAUAUGAAAAUGAUUAUAAUUAUUUAA